AUGUCCUCCUGUGAAGUUUGUGGUCAAGCGGGACAUGGUAUGCAUUUUGGAGUAAAUACUUGUAGAGCGUGUGCCGCGUUUUUCAGAAGAGCCGCAGAAUCGAAAUGGGACAGAAUGAAGUGUUUGAGCAGAUUUUUCCUCGACGGUAUGCGUGGUUUGGAUCUUCUCCAUCUCAUCGAUGAAAUUCAAAGUUUGGACUUAACAGAAACGGAGCUAACCUUUAUGCUUGCUCAUCUUUGUUUCCAAUAUGUGGCAUCGAGAUACGGUGGAAAAAUGUCCGAAGUAAUGGAACAAUUCCUUGGUGAACUAUCCAAUGAUCUACAUGAGUAUUAUACAAAAGAUCGAAUGAUGAUUCGAUAUUCGGGAAGAUUGAUGAAAUUGCUCAGAAUAAAUAAGGAGAUUCUGGAGAACAUACGGUUGUACAGAGGACGAGCGGAAGUUGCCAAAGUGUUUGAUGUAUUCCAUUUGGACUUUUCGCAUCCCGAAAUGUUCAGGGACACCGGGUUGAUGUAA